UAAAAAAAAUAAAAUUUGUCUGGGUUGAAACUUGAAACUUGAAAAGCGGCGUUUGCUCCGACCGAGUGCUUCAGAGGAGAAGUAAUGACUGCGAUCGCGGGAACGCACGUUUUUGGUGUUGUGAGUUUUCAGCUCAAACAAGCUGAAAUGCCUUUUGCAUGUUCUUGCUUAAUCCGCAAGCGUAUUGGAGAUUCUCCUCAGCGCAAUGUGGCUCUAAGACGCAGAGUAAAUGGAACAAUUCUUCCCCAAAUCAGAGCCCAGAAUCUUCCAGAUUAUGUUCCAAAAUCCGAGUUUUACAAAGUAGAAGCGAUUCUCAGGCCAUGGCGAGUUCCCCAGGUUUCUGCGGCUUUGUUGAAAAUGGGAAUUCGUGGUGUCACUGUAUCUGAUGUCAGGGGCUUUGGUGCUCAGGGUGGUUCAAAAGAGAGGCAGGGAGGCUCCGAAUUUUCAGAAGACAAUUUUGUUGCCAAAGUUAAAAUGGAAGUAGUGGUGAGAAAGGACCAGGUUGAGGCAGUUAUUGACAAAAUUAUUGAGGAGGCAAGAACUGGGGAGAUUGGUGAUGGCAAAAUUUUCUUGAUCCCCAUCUCAGAUGUUAUAAGAAUUCGGACAGGUGAACGUGGGGAGCAGGCAGCUAGGAUGACUGGGGGCCGAAGUGACAUGUUAUCUGCUGUAUGACUGGUUGGAAUGAAAGAUAAGCAUUUGUCAUCUGCUUCUCUUACCCUUGUGGAAUAUUGAAUUUACUAUGCUGUAUGCUUUAUAUGUCUUGCACUUAAUUGUGGGAAGAUGUAUAUGACAGACAGUAUUGGAAGGGCACUGUAGUUAUGUGGUGAAGAAAACUGAGAGAAAAUAAUAAACAAAUGCUGAGUUGCUUCAUAUGCCAUAUGACACCAAGAUGUGCAAUAAAGUUAAUGACAUAAUUUAGAUAUAGUGCCAUAAGUGUGAGCGUAAUUUCUCUAAUUAAAAUUUAUAUUUAAUCUCA